AUGGUAAUACACAUGAAGGGAGGAGUCCCGAUAGCAGCAAAUAUAUUAGUAAAUUUGGAAGAAUUGGGUAUAGGUUCAUCUUGUUUUCGUUUUGGUAGUGUAACUUUAGAAGGAGAUAAGUAUGUUGGUGUAAAGGAAACUAGUGUAGAUGGUGGAUCGCAGAUAGUUAUUGUAGAUACUUCAACAAAACAUAUAAACAGAAAACCAAUGAAGGCAGAAAGUGCGUUGAUUCAUCCAUUAGAAAAUAUUCUUGUCGUAAGGGGUCAAAGUGAAGUUAAUGGAUGUACUGUUCAAAUUUUUAAUUUGGGAAGUAAAGAAAAGUUAGGAGCAUUUGUAUUUCCUGAAUCUAUUGUUUAUUGGCGUUGGCUAAAUUCCAGAAUAUUGGCUAUAAUUGGAGAUAAAGCAGUAUAUCAUUGGACUAUUAAUGGAGGUUCUAACACACUUCCCUUAAAGAUAUUUGAAAGGUCUGGAGAAUUAGCUGAAAGUUCUACUCAAGUAGUUGGAUAUCAGUGUAAUAGUGAUCAAAGAUGGUGUAUGCUAAUGGGCUUAUCCCCAUGUACAAUACCUAAUCAAGGUAGUAACUCAGGUGGUGUCUCAGUAAAGGGUCAAAUUCAAUUAUUUUCAGCUGAAAAAAGGCAACAGCAAUUAUUAGAGGGAUUUUCUGGUAGUUUUGGAGAGAUAAUUUUAGAUGAUUUUAUAAGUGCUCAUCCAACUAGUAUUGUUUGUUUUAUUGAGAAAAAACAAGACCAAUUAAAUGCUAAGUUACAUAUAAUGGAUAUUUCAACUUCUAGAGCUGAAGGUUCUACUCCAUUUAAGAUGAAUGUAGAAUUACCUUCUAAUUUAAAUUACAACAACCCACAAGUACCUGGGGUACAUGGUCCAGGAGAAAAUAGUGGAAUAUUUGAUUUUCCUAUUUACAGUUAUAUUUCAAAUUAUUUUGGGGUGAUAUUUAUAAUAACAAGGGGAGGAAUUUUAUAUGUUGUAGAGCCAUCUUCAGGAAGUAUUUUAUACUUUAGUCAGAUUUGUCAAGAUUCAGUAUUUCUUGGAUCUCCAAGUAGAUCACAUGGAAUUUGUGUAGUUAAUAGACGAGGUCUAGUUUUACAUGUAAUGGUGAAUUCAAAUAAUAUUUCAUCAUAUAUUCAAUCUAAUACAUCUUUAUUCUCUAAUCAAGGAAUAACUAGAUGGUUAAAACGGUAUGGAUAUAGUGGUAGUGAAGACUUCUCAACACGAAUAUUUAAUGAAGCAUUAAAUCGUAUGGAUUAUGUAAAUGCAUUUAGAGUUGUAGCAUUAAAUAAAAGCAAUUAUUUAAGAGUCCCUGCAACUCUAAAUCGUCUUAAAAUGCUUGAUAAUAGUAAUAAAGUCCUACUUUAUUAUUUUAUAUGUCUAUUACAAUAUCAUAUAUUAAAUCAAUUUGAGAGUUUAGAACUUGUUCAUAUCACAUUGUCACUGGUUACAUCUUCAUCUUCAAAUUCUUCUUCUGAAUCAAUUUCUACAUUUCUAGCUGCUAUUUCAGCCGGUUCAGUAUCUCUUACCCCAAAUUUCUCUAUUCCUUCUCCUUUAGUUUUUUUAAGAAUUCUUAUUAAUGAGGAUAAACUUACAUUAAGUGAGGAUCUAGGAGAUCUUUUAUUAUCUCAAUGUACGGAUAAGUCAUUGGCUCUUAAGGUAUUUAGUAAAUGUACUCCUCUAAAUCCUACGAAGAUUUUACAUACAUAUAUUGAGAUUGGUAAUUACGAUGACAUUAUUAAUUUUAUUUUACAACAUAAAGAUAAUUGGCCCACAAUAACAACAGAUAUCCGAUCUUUACUUAAUAAUUUACUUAUAUUGAAUAAUAUAAAUGCAUGUGUAGAAUUUGUAAGACGUAUAUUAUUACCAUGUACACCUGAAAGUGUAAAUGCAGCUGCAAAUUUAAAUUCAUCAAAUAUAACAAAUUCUGGUAAUGUCAGUAAUUUUUCUAAUAGUGCUAGUGGUGUAAAUUCGAAUGUAUUACCACACGGAUUAGAAUUAGCAAUUGAUAAAAUUUCAAUUGUUGAUAUAUUUAUAUCUCAUGGACACUAUAAAGAAAUUACAUCAAUUUUACUUGAUUAUUUAAAGAAUAACCGGCCUGAGGAUGCUGCCUUACAGACGAAGUUAUUUGAAUUAAAUCUUCUCUAUGCUCCUCAAGUUGCUGAGGCUUUAUUUCAAAUGGAUGUAUAUACGUAUUAUGAUAAACAUGCAAUUGCUAGUUUAUGUGAAAAAGCAGGGUUAUUUGAGCGAUGCUUAGAAAACUAUACUGAUAUGAGAGAUAUCAGAAGAAUUUUGAGUAUUUCCUGUGGAAGCCUAAAUAGUGAUUGGUUGGCAAAUUAUUUGUCGAAGUUACCUUCUAAUACUCGUUUUGAAUGUUUAAAGGAACUACUUUCAGUUUGUAGGAAUCAAGGUGGUAAUAUUAAUAGUGGAUCAGGAAUAGGUUUAAUGUCAACUAAUACAUCUGAUUCGAGUGGUACAUCACUAACAAAUACUAUAAAUAACUCAAUAUUACAGAAUUUGAUACAAGUUUGCAUUAAAAAUAUUGACAAUAUUGGAAUUGAAAAUAUUAUUACUUUAUUUGAACAACAGAAUUUAUGGGAAGGUAUAUAUUAUGUAAUUGGAUCUAAUUUAACAGCAUAUUUAGGGGGGGUAGAUUCUGCAACCUCAGGGAUUAUAGGUAAUACAACUACUGGUCCUAGUAUUAGUACGAAUAACUUAAAUUCUCAUUUAAAUAAUAAAUCUACUUCUAUUCAACAAUCUUUUUCUUCUCAGUCAUUUAUAAUAUUUAAAUAUAUUGAAGCAUCUAUAAAUCUUGGUCAAGUUCAGGAGGCUGAGAGGAUUUGUAGAGAUUUUCCUCAAUCGUAUGAUCCUGACCAAGUUAUUGAAUAUUUCAAAAAUAUAAAGAUGAAUGAUUUACGUCCUCUAAUUUGGGUUUGUGAUUUACAUCAUAGAGUUGAAGAUCUGAUUAAUUAUUUGUAUCAUAUGUCGUUAUAUAAAUAUAUUCAAGUUUAUGCUUUGAAAAUAAAUCCUAGUCAAACUCCACUAGUUAUUGGUACAUUAAUAGAUUUAGAUGGGUCUGAAGAUUUGGUUAAGUCUCUUUUACAAGAAAUAAAGACAUUAGGAUCUUCGUUUUCUUUUAGUGAUCUGAUUCAACAGGCUGAGAAGAGAAACAGGCUCAAACUCUUAUUACCCUGGUUAGAAGAGAGGGUACAUGAAGGCUAUCAAGAUCCAUCACUUCAUAAUGCAUUAGCGAAAAUUUACAUUGAUAUGAAUAGAGAUCCUGAGAAUUUUCUAAAAACUAAUCCUUAUUAUGACUCGAAACUUAUUGGUGAUUAUUGUGAGGAUCGUGAUCCUUAUUUGGCUUAUAUUGCAUAUAGAAAGGCAUGGGGAUUAUGUGAUGAUGAAAUAAUCCAAGUUACUUAUAAAAAUGAUUUAUAUCGUUUAUUGGCAAGAUAUCUUGUUGAACGUCAAGAUUUGAGUUUAUGGAGUAAAGUAUUAGGUUCUGGUAAUAAACAAAGUGAAGAUUUAGAAGGUGAUGAACACUUUGAUUCAUCUAGACAACUAAUUAUUGACCAAGUAAUUUCUUCUAUAUUGCCAGAAUUUUCUAAUAAAGCAGAAGAAGUUAGUUGUACAAUAAGAGCUUUUAUUAAUGCAGAUAUUCCUACAUCACUAUUGGAACUAUUAGAGAAGAUUGUACUACAUAUUAAUAAUGCAGAAUUUACACAAAAUAAAAAUUUACAAAAUUUAUUAUUAUUGACUGCAAUUAAGGUAGAUCCAUCAAGGCUUGAUGAUUAUAUUUUAAGAUUAGAUAAUUAUGAUGCUAAAGAAGUUGCUAAGAUAGCAAUUCAACAUAACAUUUUGAGAUCAGCAUUCCAAAUAUAUAAAAAAUUUUCCUUAAAUAUCGAAGCAAUGGAAAUUCUUUUACAAAUUGCUAGAGGUGAAUCGAAGGAUAGUACUGAAUCUAAUGACAACUUAGGAAGCGAUUCCCCAGAAUAUGAAAAUAGUCAGCAUUAUAAUAUAGACUUAUCCCAUGCAUUUGAUUUUGCAGUUUAUUGUAAUGAUAAUAGUGUAUGGUCUUUAUUAGGAAGACAGUAUUUAAAUAUUGGAAGAUGUAAAGAAGCUGUAGAAUGUUAUAUUAAGUCUGAAAAUACAAAGGGAUAUCAAGAAACUAUUGAUGUGUGUUUGAAAAGUAAAUCUUAUCAAGAUUUGAUGAACUAUUUACAAAUGGUUAGAAGAUUGAAGGAUUCAAGAAUUUCAAAGGAUCCUAUAAUUGACACAGAAUUAGCUUAUUGCAUGUCGAAAUUGGGCAUGAUUCAGGAAUUGCAGAAUUUCCUCCAAGGCAUCAAUACAGUACAAUUGCAAAGAAUUGGAGAUAGAUUAAUGGAUGAAGGUCUAUUUAAAUAUUCAAUAAUAUUCUAUCAAUCUAUACCAAAUUAUUCUCGUUUAACAACAUGUUAUAUCCAAUUAGAAGAAUAUAAUAAUGCCUUAGAAUCUGCUAAGAAAGCUAAUUCUCCGAAAACUUGGAAGGAAUUAUUGCAAAUUUGUAUGCAAAUUGGCGAAUAUAACUUGGCACAUCAGGCUGGUUUAAAUAUUAUUGUGUAUCCAGACUAUUGCGAAGAUGUUGUAAAUGAAUAUGAAAAUAAAGGUUUGACAGAUGAAUUAUUAACAUUAUUAGAAGGAGCUAUACAAAAUACUGAGCGUGCACAUGGAAGCCUAUUCACAGAGUUAGGAAUAUUAUAUGCAAAAUAUACUCCGGAAAAAUUGAUGGACUAUUGUUCAAAUUAUUCUGGACGUAUUAAUAUCCCGAAGUUAAUUAGGAUAUGUGAACAAUACCAAUUAUGGAAUGAAGUAGUUUAUUUAUUUUUACAAUACCAUGAAUAUGACCAAGCAGUCUUAACAAUAAUAAAUCAUGCAGAUGUCGCUUGGAAAAAAGAUGAAUUUAUUUCUAUUCUACAAAAUAUAAGUAAUUUAGAUAUCUUAUAUAAAUCAAUUACAUUCUAUCUUGAUAAACAUCCGGAACUUUUAAAUGAUCUACUUAUGAGUACAAUCAGUAAAAACAAUACAUUAAAUGAUAGUAGGAUGGUCAAUAGCUUAAAUAAUACACCAAGACAUAAUAGCAAUUUAGGCUCAGUGAAUAUGGGUACAAAUUUAGCAGAUACUCCACAAAAUACUAGUAAUAGUUUAUACAAUUCAUCAUCAAUAAAUUCUAGAUUUGACAUUUCUAGUUUAUGUACAAGAUUGAUACAGCAGUACUUCAGAAAAACAGGUACUGCAACAGAUUCUGUAGCUAGUGUAGCUUUAAUUCAAGAAUUUCUGGAGAGUGUAUGCAGUGAAAAUAUCUUGGCUGUAAAUGAAGCACUUAUAGAUUUGUAUUUGAAUACUAAAAAUGUAGAUAAACUACAGAAGCUAAUUAUGGAAUGCGACAAUUAUAAUCAAUCGAAUUUAUCUCGGAAAUUAGAGAGUCAUCCAUUAAACGAUUUUCGACGUCUAGCUGUGAAAAUUUUUCAUAAAAAUGCAGAUUAUCAGCAAGCUUUAGAAAUUUGUCAAAAGGAGAUGCUAAUUGAAGAUGCAAUAGUUGUAGUAUACAAAAGUGCUGAUACAUCAUUAAUUGAAAAUUUAUUGGAAUUUUUACUUAGUCAUAAAAAUAUAGAAAACUUUAUAGCUUGUUUGUAUACAUGUUAUGAAUAUCUUAAACCAGAUGUAAUUUUGGAGUUAGCUUGGAAAUAUAAAUGCCUAGAUGCUGCAAUGCCUUUUUUUAUACAAUGUGUUAGAGAUCUUACAAAUAAGGUUGAGAAUUUAGAGAAAAGACUAGAUACAGUGUAUCUGACGGAUAUAGCAAGAAAUAAUGCAUCAGGAACUGGAGGAAAUUUACAUAAUGGACCUUCCCAUAAUAUUACUGAAAAUUCCACUAAUGAGAUCCCAGCCUUGACAAAUCAUUCUUAUAGUGAUAGUAAAUCUGGAGGAUUAGGGAAUAUUGGGAUAUUAGGAAAUUUAAAUAAAGGAGGUUGGGUGUAA